AUGGUCAAGGAUGCCAUCACCGAAAACCGAGAUAUUCGUCGUCCACGGAGGGCAACCUCACCGCAGCCCUCGCCGAACUUCGUUCCUACCGGAGAUCAGAUGAAGCCACUGCCUUCCCCUCGCUUCCGUGCCAACACAUCUCCUGCCCCGUACGACUCAGCUAGUUUUGUACAGACGCCAGAGAUAUUGACCCAUGAAGCCAAGGCCAAGGUAGUUACACUCUCCCGCACAGAAACGCAGCACGACAAGUUUGCUUCACAGGCUGCACACUACCAGCCGGUGCUAGUCUCCAAGUUCAACAGACGUCCCAGUGGCGCGGCUACAGAAAGGAUCAGCCUUGUCCCCAAAAUACACCCUUCGCCCCCUAGGGCAGUCAUAUCACCCGAAGCGUUCUCCAGACAGAACUCCCCUUACACGCUUGGCUCUGGAGCGGUGCCUGUGUCCCCAGAGCACACAGAUGACGAAAAGGAUGGUCAUGUUGCCAAAGGGAGAAACGCAUCUCCUUCUCAGGCAUCGUGGCAAAUGGCCUCGCCUCCAGCUUCGGUCACAUCAUCUACUGCAGAGGCUUCAAAACGAUUUUCACCAUCCUCAUCUUUGUCGUCGCCCAAGAAGAAGAGUUCCGAAACUGACGCCCAGGAAGCUCUGCGAAAUGCUGUUGAGAUCUCUAUCGCUCGCCAGAUCAGCGUUUCUCAACAGCAACGCAAGAUGUUGCAUCCUUUGAAGAGCAACCCAAGCGUUAGACAUAGGCGUAAUGGCAGCCCUGCUACAUCUGGACCUGGCUAUAUCCCUAUUGAGGAGGGCGAACGCCUCGCUGAGACCAGGUCUUCUACCCCUGUCCUGGUAAACCCGCGAGAAUUGACACACUCUCCCGAUGCAUACCAGACACAUCGUAAGAGCGAGAUGGUUAUUCUCGAGGAAUCUUAA